UACGGAGGACAGGGCGGUAAAGGCUCUGCCCCCGAGGGGGUGCCUGGGCCGGGCUGAGGAGGCGGGCCGGCCCCGGGAAGGCGCGGCGCUGAAGGGAGCGGAGCUGCCUCCGUCGGCGGGAAUGGCGGGCUCGGAGCAGCAGCGGCCGGCAGGCCAUGUCCAGUUGGAUAGCAGACCUACAUUAACCACCGCAGAUGGAAAUCAGAACAUCACAGAAGUAGAUGCACUUGAUAUAAGACAAACACUUGAUCCUGCAGUGCGAUACAAAAUGAACCAUCAAAGAAGAGGAGUUGCGUUAAUCUUCAAUCAUGAGCACUUCUUUUGGCAUUUGAGGCUGACAGACAGACGUGGGACUCUUGCAGACAGAAACAAUCUGAAACGCAGUUUGACAGACCUCGGAUUUGAAGUCAGAGAUUUUGAUGAUCUGAAAGCAGAAGAUGUACUGCAGAAAAUUUCUGAAGCCUCUAAGGAUGACCACAGCAACGCUGACUGCUUUGUUUGUGUGUUCCUGAGUCAUGGUGAGAAUGAUCAUGUUUAUGCGUAUGACGCCAAAAUCAAAAUUGAGACAAUCACUGACAUGUUCAAAGGAGACAAGUGUCAGAGUCUGGUAGGAAAACCAAAGAUUUUUAUCAUUCAGGCAUGUCGAGGCGAUAAACAUGACGAUCCAGUUCUUGUUGAGGAUUCAAUAGACAGUCGUGAUGCAUCCAUUGUCAAUGAGACUGAAGUGGAUGCAGCUGGUGUCUAUACCCUGCCUGCUGGUGCAGACUUUAUCAUGUGCUACUCUGUGACUCAAGGUUACUUUUCUCAUCGUGAAACUGUAAAUGGCUCCUGGUACAUUCAAGAUUUGUGUGAGGCACUUAGGAAGCACGGCUCUUCCUUGGAGUUCACAGAACUUCUUACUGUUGUUAACAGGAAAGUAUCUUAUCGCGAAGUGGGUAUGUGCAGAGACAUUAAUGCUAUAGGAAAAAAACAGAUUCCCUGUUUUGCGUCAAUGUUAACUAAAAAAUUGUAUUUUCACCCAAAAUCUAAGUAGAUUGUUACUUAACAAUGACAACCAUUAACUAAUACUGCAGAAGUGAAAAAUACACCAUGUUAGUUCAGGAGACUAAUAUUCUAUAAGACUUUGCAAAAAACACUGGGAUCAAACAUUAUGGUUUGUAUAUAUAGUAGUUUCUGAAAUCUUAAAGCAAUUUUAUAGCUAGUAGUACAGCUCUAUUCAUCUCAGGGAAUUUGUGAAAAGCUGACUGGUGCAAAACUAUUAAAAGGUGCUCGGAAUUUAUUGAAAUUGUUACUCUAUAGAUUUUUUUUUUCUUAAAAGCUUUUUGCUUGAUUGCCAUCUAACUGUGGCACAUUUUACUAUUUCUAAAACAUUUCAAGUGUCGCAUUAGAUUAGCUUUUCUUGUGCCAAGAGCACAGUUUACGGGGAAUAUCUUCAUAGAGCAUCUUUUUAAGCCUGUGGACAACAGUAUCCACCUUCCAAUUUUUGUCAAUUUAUAGCUUUUUAGACAUUUUUUAUUUUCUCUCAACACUAAAAAGGAACUUAAUUCCUUGAGUACAAUUGCAGCGUUAGUAUAGAUAAAUGGCUUCUUUUUGCUUGCACAUCAUUUACGUUUGGGGCACAAUUAAAGCUUGCUGGUGCUUUGCAUCCUCAGGAGAAAAGCAAGCAGUAGUGAAAUGAGACCACGUACAGCUUGCUUAGGAUGGCUUUGGCUAAGCUCACCUUGUACACAUCUGUAAAGCUAAAGCAAAUCAUGUCAAGGUUCCAGGUUCACUUACAACUGCUGGACAUCUCUAGGCAGCUCUGCAAAAUACAACAUAUGCAAACCUUCAUACUUCAGGCCUUGGUGUUGGAUCAGCCUCUUCCUCCCCUUGGCCCCAGAGGAGAUCAGCCAUACACCGUCAUGGUGUAUAUAAAAUCCAUAGUGCCUUUGUCACCACAGGAUUGUUACUCCUGCAGCAUCAGUAAUUUCAAUGAUACUUACUAGAAGCGGAUAUUUCUUUUAUUAUUUUUUACAUUAUUGGUACAUACGCUUAACUCUGGGGGACAAUGGAGAACUCAAGCUGAGAAAAGUAUCUUAAUCCACUUUCCUGGGUAUAGAAAAAUUGAUUUACUGGUUCCGCUUUAGUUAAAUCUUUCCAUAUACUAUGUUCUGAGUCACAGAUGUUAAAUCUUACUAUGGCUACUUUUAACCUUUGUAUAA